UUAAAUUGUUUUUAGUAGUGAGUUAACAGUAAACUGUUAAGUUAAAAAAUGUUUUGUACUUCUUAACUAACUACAAGGUCAUACUAAGGUUAUUCAUUAAACGAUUUUCAUCGGAGAAGAAUUGCAAGUGUAAGAAAACAAACAAAAUGACUCGCAAAUUCUGUGUUGGUGGUAACUGGAAGAUGAACGGUGAUAAGCAAUCCAUUGCUGAAAUCGCCAAGACCUUGACCGGUGCCACUUUGGAUGAUAACACCGAAAUCGUUUUGGGCUGCCCCUUCAUCUAUUUGUCCUAUGCCCGUGAAUUGUUCCCUGCCAAGUUCAACAUUUCUGCCCAGAACUGUUACAAGGUUCCCAAGGGUGCCUUCACCGGUGAAGUUUCACCCGCUAUGUUGAAGGAUGUUGGUGCCAACUGGGUUAUCUUGGGCCACUCUGAACGCCGUCAUGUCUUCGGUGAACCCGAUGAAUUGAUUGCCGAGAAGGCUGCCCAUGCUUUGGCUGAAGGUCUUAAAGUUAUUGCCUGCAUUGGCGAGACCUUGGAAGAACGUGAAGCUGGUAAAACUGAACAAGUUGUUGCCAGCCAAAUGGCCGCUUAUGCCAAGACCGUUAAGGACUGGACCAACGUUGUUGUAGCCUACGAACCCGUCUGGGCUAUUGGUACUGGCAAAACCGCCACUCCCCAACAGGCCCAAGAAGUUCACGCCUACUUGCGCAAAUGGUUGGCUGAAAACAUUUCCAAGGAGGUCUCCGAUUCUCUACGCAUUCAAUACGGUGGCUCUGUAACUGCUGCCAACUGCAAAGAAUUGGCUUCUCAACCCGAUAUUGAUGGUUUCUUGGUAGGCGGUGCCUCUUUGAAACCCGAAUUCGUUGAAAUCAUCAAUGCCAGAAAGUAAAUUUAGUUUAUAGCGCUAGUGUUCAAACAUCUAGAGAAGCAGCAUUUUAUACUGCCCAUACAAAAAUUGUUUUCUUAACACAACGUUAUGGUUAUCAAACAAAAUUAUCAUUAUAAAAUUUUUGCAUUAAACAUAUACUCAAAAGAUAUAUUGAUGUUACAAAGAAAUCGUUUUAAAUUUAUAAUGUUAAAAUGUGUAUUUUAGAAAGCAAUUUAGUUUUUUUUUUAAAUUAUUGCUAAAUGUUUGUUAUUUAUUUUUUUGGGCUUAAACCAUAAAUUAUUGUAAUUUUUAUUUUAAACCAUAAAACAAUCCAAUAUGUACCACCAAAAACCGGGAGAAGAAAAACAAGCAACUAUGUUGUUUUUGAAACAUUUUAUAAUUUAAUGAAAUACUUAUAAAUAAAAUAAAAAACACA